AUGCCCCUGCUGCCCGCGGCGCUCACCAGCAGCAUGCUCUAUUUCCAGAUGGUGAUCAUGGCAGGGACGGUGAUGCUGGCGUACUACUUCGAGUACACCGACACGUUCACCGUGAACGUGCAGGGCUUCUUCUGCCACGACAGCGCCUACCGCAAGCCCUACCCGGGCCCGGAGGACAGCAGCGCCGUGCCCCCCGUGCUCCUCUACUCGCUGGCCGCCGGGGUCCCCGUGCUCGUGAUAAUAGUUGGAGAAACUGCUGUGUUUUGCCUACAACUAGCCACGCGGGACUUUGAAAACCAGGAGAAAACUAUUUUAACUGGAGAUUGUUGCUAUAUAAACCCACUGGUGCGGCGAACUGUACGAUUUUUGGGUAUUUAUACAUUUGGGCUGUUUGCUACAGAUAUCUUUGUAAAUGCUGGGCAAGUGGUUACCGGGAAUCUGGCUCCACAUUUUCUUGCCCUGUGUAAGCCCAACUAUACAGCUCUUGGAUGUCAGCAGUAUACACAGUUCAUCAGCGGGGAAGAGGCCUGCACGGGCAACCCAGAUCUCAUCAUGAGAGCAAGGAAAACGUUUCCAUCCAAAGAGGCGGCUCUCAGUGUCUAUGCAGCUAUGUAUCUGACAAUGUAUAUUACCAACACAAUCAAAGCCAAAGGAACAAGACUUGCUAAGCCCGUUUUAUGUUUGGGCUUAAUGUGUCUGGCCUUUCUUACUGGACUCAACAGAGUAGCAGAAUAUCGAAAUCAUUGGUCUGAUGUGAUAGCAGGCUUUCUGGUUGGCAUAUCUAUAGCAGUAUUUCUGGUUGUGUGUGUGGUAAAUAAUUUCAAAGGACGACAACCCGAAAAUGAACAUAUGCACAUGGAUCACCUGGCACAGAUGCCAAUGAUCAGCAUUCCUCGCGUAGAAAGUCCUUUGGAAAAGGUAACAUCUGUACAGAACCACAUCACCGCCUUUGCGGAAGUCACAUGAUAUUGAAGCAGACGGUUUGUCACUGCAUUGGACAUCGUCCCUUUUCACCAUCCAUUCAUAACACCCAAAGUUUGUUUGAUUACAAAAGAAGUUUAUAAAGUUGUCUAAUAAUUUUUAUAAUUUUAAAAUCAGUGUCAACUUAUCUGUUUCCCCCACUAGACUGUGAGCUCCUCAAGGGCAGGGCUGUGUCUUUCUUCUCUUUUUCCCAAGCACCUACAACAAAGCCUCGCACAAAGUAGGUGUUAAAUAAAAUGUGAUGACCGAAUGAAAAAAAUCAGUUCUUAAAUAAAACAUUCACUUUAGUUUCUCACAGAAUCACUGAGACUAUGUGAAAAGAAACCUUUACACAAAUCAUAUUGUAUAAGAAAUCCCUCCAUUUGGGGCAAAAAUUUUUUUUAGUUCUUCUUAUGCCUAUUCAGCAGUAUACCACGUUUCAUUUGAAGUGGACUUUGAAAGUCAUGGGGGUUUUAUGUUGUUAUUCAGCAUGACAUUAUUUCCAUUCUAACAGAUUUCAGUGUGUGAAGUUACUUUUAGAAAGUAUGUUCUAUACUAAAAUAAUGUUUGCACAUAAUAUUAUGCUAUAUUUCACUUAAAAUACCAUUCAUACUAUACAUUCUAAGACUGGUGCUUCUGCUUUUGAAGGGGAAA